AUGAGAAAUGUGGAGAGAAAACCUUCAGUGACUUCUUGUGAUGCUCCUUCUGCUUUGGAUUGGAGGAAACAUGGGGUUGUCACUGAUGUUAAAAACCAAGGGAACUGUGGAUCUUGUUGGGCAUUUUCGGCAUGUGGAUCAAUGGAGGGAAUAAAUGCAAUAGCCACUGGUGAACUUAUUAACCUUUCUGAACAAGAACUUGUCAGUUGUGAUUCAUCCAAUUCAGGUUGUGAUGGUGGACUUAUGGACUAUGCUUUUGAAUGGGUGAUCAACAAUGGUGGCAUUGAUUCAGCUUCUGAUUAUCCAUAUACUGCAUCUCAAGGCACCUGCAAUAUCACCAAGGAAAAGACUAAGAUUGUAACAAUUGAUGGAUACCAAGAUGUUGCACAAAAGGAAAGUGACCUUCUUUGUGCUGUUGCUCAACAACCUGUUAGUGUUGGCAUAGAUGGAUCUAGCUUGGAUUUUCAACUAUAUAAAGGAGGAAUUUAUGAUGGAGAUUGUUCUAGUAAUCCAGAUGACAUAGAUCAUGCAGUAGUAACAGUAGGAGAUGAUGAGUAUUGGAUUAUCAAGAACUCAUGGGGUACAUAUUGGGGAAUGGAGGGGUAUGCCUAUAUAAGAAGGAACACUGAUUUGCCAUAUGGAGUUUGUGCCAUUAACUCAAUGGCUUCUUAUCCAACAAAAGAAUCGUCUUCUUCGCCAUCUCCUUAUCCGAUUCCAGUCCUUCCACCACCUCCCCCUCCAUCUUCGCCUUCACCAAGUGAAUGUGGAGACUACUAUUACUGUCCAGCAGGUCAAACAUGUUGCUGUGAAUUGGAGUUUUUUGGAUUAUGCUUCAUUCAGGGAUGCUGUCUUUAUGAAAGUGGUGUUUGA